ACUCAACAGGUUCCGCCUUUUCCCGGAAGCUGACAGUCAUCUGAUUUUUUUUCAGUUUCCUUGUUAGCCACCGUCGGGUCCAAGCAGUGGAACUAGUCUCACUUUAUUCCUCUCCUUUUUCUUACUCUUUUCGGCUGCUUCUUCGUCCAAGGAAUUGUACUAACUUCACGUUAACAUCAUAAUUAUGAACGAGACGAGUCCGCUUGUCUCUCCGCUACGGGACUCCAAUGAUUUCAGCUACUGUCCCACAGAGCCUACCAGCCCGCGGGGCGCAUUUGGAGGCACACCGGGCUCAGUGGUACGCAUCCCCGCCGGCAGUCCGGGGCGCAACCGAGAGAGACAGCCGCUUUUGGACCGAGACCGUGGAAUUUCACCGCGUGAACCGCAUCGAAACGAAUUCCCGGAGGAUCCCGCGUUCAGAGAGAUCAUCCGCAAGGCCGAGCGAGCCAUAGAGGAGGGGAUCUACCCGGAGAGAAUCUACCAAGGAUCCAGUGGUAGCUAUUUCGUCAAAGACUCACAGGGGAAAAUCAUCGGCGUGUUCAAACCUAAGAAUGAAGAGCCCUACGGCCAGCUUAACCCCAAAUGGACUAAGUGGCUGCAGAAAUUGUGUUGUCCGUGUUGUUUUGGUCGUGACUGUUUAGUUCUGAACCAAGGCUACCUCUCAGAGGCCGGUGCUAGCCUUGUCGACCAGAAACUUGAACUCAAUAUUGUUCCCAGAACCAAGGUGGUCUACUUGGCGAGUGAAACAUUCAACUACAGCGCCAUAGACAGAGUGAAGUCUCGAGGAAAAAAGUUAGCAUUGGAGAAGGUGCCAAAAGUGGGCCAACGCUUCCAUAGGAUCGGCUUGCCCCCGAAAGUUGGUUCCUUCCAACUCUUUGUGGACGGAUACAAGGAUGCAGACUUCUGGCUGCGCAGGUUUGAAGCCGAGCCUCUGCCUGAGAACACCAACCGUCAGCUUCAGCUGCAGUUUGAACGCCUCGUAGUGCUGGAUUACAUCAUCAGGAACACAGGCAUGGGAAAUGACAACUGGCUGCUCAAAUAUGACUGCCCUAUGGACCCCGUGGGGAACAGGGACACAGACUGGGUUGUAGUGAAGGACCCGAUUAUCAAGCUGGCAGCCAUAGACAACGGUCUUGCCUUCCCUCUCAAGCAUCCCGACUCUUGGAGAGCAUAUCCUUUCUAUUGGGCAUGGCUCUCCCAAGCCAAAGUUCCCUUCUCCCAGGAAAUACGAGAACUGGUACUACCAAAACUGUCCGACCCAAAUUUUAUCAAAGACCUGGAAGAAGACCUCUAUGAACUAUUCAAGAAAGACCCUGGUUUUGACAGAGGACAGUUUCACAAGCAGGUUGCCGUCAUGAGAGGGCAGAUUCUGAACCUGUGCCAAGCCCUGAAGGAUGGUAAAACACCUCUCCAGUUGGUUCAGAUGCCUCCUGUGAUUGUUGAAACAGCCAGAGCCCCCCAGAGAGCCAACAGUGAGUCAUACACACAGAGUUUUCAGAGUAGAAGACCUUUCUUCACCUGGUGGUAGGAAAGGAGCCUACAUCGCAGGGAAGAACAGCAGGAAGCAGGAGUGAGGUUAGUCUCCUGGAAAUGGAUUUAACUAUCACCAUCCCCUCAGCUCCAAAUGGACACUGUGAUUACUUAAAGUGAGUGUGUAGGUGGCGAGAAGAGGCCCAAAGAGGAAGAGUUUCACACCGUUGCGUCCCUGUUUUCCUUGUUUGGAUGUGAAAAAGAACUGCGUAUUUUGAAGAAUUGAGAAGUUCCUCUUUGCAAAGAGAUGUCACUCCCCGGUAAGCAUGUGCCCUCGCUCACAUGUGCACGCCAGUCACAACCUUCUCCAACUUGACAAGGGGGAGGUUUCGCAUUCCAUGUUUUCUUAAUACCGCUAUGCCUUUUAACGUUCACCUGAAUAUUUACCACUCCCACACUGUUUAAUGGUCCAGCCAGCCUUUUCAAUUUAACCAUGAAGAAAAGUGUUCAUUUGGGUUAUAAGGCCUGAUCAUUUCGGAAAUGGACACACUGUGCAUGAGUCUACGCUCUGAACCCAAGCCAAAUGAUCCAGUUUCACAGUUACACAUCGAUUCUUCUAACAGCUGAAAUGAGGAUGUGUGAGUCAUGUGGGAUGAUGUGGGCGGAGAGCCGAGGUACUUGUGGUUAGAGGCGUUUGUUGCGCUGAUGAUUACAAGCCUAAUUAUUCCACUUUCACAGAUGAGUUAAUUAACCAGUGAAGAUGAGAGAAACAUCUUAUUGUCAACUACCAGAAGGGUGCAGAAGUGGUUGUUGACUUCUAGUCUUUUUCUCACUUGUCAUGUGGAGCUGAGUAAAGUAACGUCCUGCUGUACAGAACAGACACGAAAUGUAUUGUGACAAUGCACUGUAUAAUUUGUAUGUAAUAUUUAAUGAUAGAUUAUAAUAAAAAAAAAACAUCUUCCAUUCAUACAUAAGACUUUGGGGUUUUUCCAAAAUAUUA